UGUCAUUAGCUUAAUGAGUCAUUAAGGCUUAAUGAUGCAUUAAGUUGUUAAUGUAACAUUAGUUAAUGAGUCCAUUAAAAUGUGUUGUACGAAGCACACUUUUGUUGCUCAUUAACUAAUGAACAUUUAAUGAAGGGUGCGUCAUUAAACUAUCAUUAAAUAUUGGUUUUCCCCUAAAUAUUUCCCACAAUUCCCUAAGUUGUAAACAUCCGUCGUCUGCUAUAAUAUUAACAACGCCCAAACUAUAGAGACAUGGAGAAAAAGACGCAGAGAAAUCGUUCAAAAAACUUCGAAUCGUCUGAAAUAACACUGAUCACGGAACUGGUGCAACAGAACAUAUCCAUUAUUAGUGAUAAAUUUAAUUCAAGUCUGGGCACCAGUUCCGUGACCAGUGAAAAAAAAAAGUUGAUCUGGGAGCACAUAACCGAAAGGGUCAACUCUUUAGGUGUGUGCCCCAGAUCCACAAAAGAAAUUAAAAAUAAGUGGUCAAAUUUGCAUCAAGAGGCCAAAAAAGCCUACUCAGAAAAGGCCCGUGACCACCAGAGAACUGGCGGUGGUCCACCACCAAAACCUUUGACAGAGGCACAGGAAAGGAUUGUUGACAUAUACAAGGAUUGCCCCAGUUUUACGGGAUUGCAGGGGGUGGAGUCACCAAUUGAAGAUUCUAGUCUCACAACAACAGGUCAUGAGGCAGUUGAAAUUGUUGGUACGCCACAAUCAAUGAAUUUACUAUCAAAGUUUGUUGAUCAAUUCAAAGAAGGAUCUGCUAAUUCUGUAUCCACAAGCCAUCCCAGUCCAUCAAUAGAGUGUGAAGAGAGAGCACCUGCAGCAUCAACAGAAGAUGUGCAGAUCAUUGAUGUGCAUUUAACAUCUGAAAAAACCAAGAAGAGGAAAAUAAAACCUGAAGAUGUGACAAGAAUGCAAUAUGAGGUGCUGGUUGAACAAAAGAAAAAAUUAAUUCAGCAAACACUAUAUUAUGAACUAAUGAAUAAGAAGCUUAAAAUACAUCUAGACAUUGAAGAUUGA